UGGUCGUGGUUUGGUCACGACAAAUGACAGGGUGAGGCUGUCUGUCGUCGUUGUGGGGGGCAGUAACAUCCCUCGCCCAUGAUGUAGCUCCGUGUGUUAAUACACUGUCACCAAGUUAACUCAGGCACCGAGAAUAUGUAGUUUCUUAUCUCCCCGUUCACAAUAAAACAGCUGUUUGUCCGUCAUUGGAGGACGGGGGUGUCAAACGAGCUGGGUCCGUGUGGCAAUUGGUUCACAUGAAGUUUUCUGCAAAUCGGUUGAAGCCCAACCAGGAAGAGCAACACGCACACAGGCAGGCAGCACAUACACAUCUCUGAGGCAGCGCCACAGACCGUCCUCUCUCCACUCCUCCCCAGCUCUCCCAGUUUACGGAGCUCUGCCAUCGCACCAGUCCGGCGGCUUCUCCUCCUCCUCCCCCCUUUUUCUCCCCGCAGAUUUUUGCUCGACGGUUCCCGGCUCGUGCAGGAGGAAGCGUGUCCUCGAGCCGCCCCGUGGAGAAGCAUGUGAUGACUCACGCAAGGCAGAAGGGUUCCCUCAGGCAGAGCGACAGCAGUGCUGAGUGGUGGGACAACUGCCCUCUGUGGCCACAUGUUGGCGCUAUGGGCGAUGCCUGGCCUGAGCGCUCUCUGCGAUUCGGGAGGACGAAGAAGAUAAGUGAGAUCAUCAAACACAAGAAACAUCCAGACAAGAAGAUGAACGACAAGAGAGGGGUAACAGUGAAAUCAGAACAGAACAGAAAACUGAACAAAAGGGGAGACAAGAAACGAGACAGAAAGCUGUAUCCUCUGCGGGGGAGGGCUGGAGUUUCAGAUGGGGAGGGCCUCAGUUGCCACGUUCUUCUUACCAGACUAGAAGAAAGUAUCCGUCAACGAGGGAGUUCUGAAAAGAGGGAACUAAAGGAUGCACGUCAGCGUGCGUCUCUUAAACUCAAGUCUAAAAACGGUAAAACACAUGAAAGAAAAGAGGAAAGGUCAUCAUCUAAAACCAAAUCAAAAUCUAAUGGCCCAAGGUAUGGCGAGUCUCUUCAUGUUCUGCAACCUCGCAAGCGCAGGCUGGCCUCCCUUAAUGCUGAAGCAGUCAACAGUCUUCUGCUAGAAAGAGCGACUGACCUGCAGCCAGCAGCCAAACAGGCCAGGAGACAAGAAGAACCAUCGAAUGGAGGGAUUUCUCUGGAUGUAGAUCAAUCAAGGACUGUUAUUGCUGGAAAUAUAAAGCCUUCAAGGGGAAACAUCUGCAAACCCAUCACAUCUCACAAACUUGUACCGUGCCAAAGCUCCAAAAAGGUCAAGAAGGCCAAAGCCAAACCAGAAGAGAUUUGGGGGAUGAGUCAGGAGAGUCUGGAUGCUCCUGCACCAAGAAGAUUGGCAGGACUAAACGCUGCAGCACUUCUGAAGUUAACCAGCUCUUCUGCAACAAGUAAGCAGAGAGUAAAAGCUUCGCCCACUGCUACGAUCACAUCAGACAGCAAAGCCCCUGCUGUAGCCUCAACUCCUAAACAGCAGGCCAGAGUCAAACACAAGGAGCAUUUGCAGAAGGAGAAGGGGAAGAAAGUCUCAUCCCCACACAGUGGUUGCACAUCCUGCAAGAACAAGGCAGACUUUGAGCCCAAAGUUGAGUGGGAUACCGUCAACUGCUCCCAUCGACUGACCAAACCAGGCUACCAGUCGCGCAGCAUGCUAGCGUACCCGCUCAAACAAGUGAAGGAAGAGCAGAUGGAGACCGAACUGAGCCCAUACUACUGCUGUCCCCCUGAGGGCUCAGUGGAAUACUGCCACCGCUUGGCCUUCUUCCUGGGCCAGCAGCCCUACGGAGAGUCCGAGGAUCAGCCACUUAACUCAGCCAUGACCCCUGUGAAGCGCGAGUGCCUCGUAACCUCCCCAUCCCUCACGCAUUCCCACCCACAUACAGCUCUCACUCUCAGCCCCCACCCCUGCCUCUGCACCGCCGACCACUGCUUCUCCAGUUACUACGUCCACAUCACCCACCCAACACACACUGGAACGACGUCAGCAAGCCUGGCCCCACGGCCUCUGGGCUUUGCCCCCUCCAGUCUCUGCCCUAACAGGAUGACUGGCUCCAAGCUGCUGGAUCCACGUGUUUCCCAUGGCUCAGGGCUGCCCCACCCUGCCUACUGCAACUCAGUGGGUUCUCCUUGUUAUGGUGAUGCCUGCGGAAUUAGUGGAUACACCUACAGAGCAAUGCCCCCGGUCACCAGCAGGGGGUGCUCCUUUAGCACAGGAUGCACUGGAUGCACACAUACCAUCAAAACAGAGGGAUACUCCUCCCCUCAGGGUGAACACAGCCCCUCUCUCCUGGUGUCCCCCUCUAUGCCCAUGUCCAACUGCCCCCUAUCCACCGUGCCCACCUCCACACAGACCAAACCACAUCUGCUGACCCCCCUGUCUGGACGGGACCAGCCCCCGGCCCGGUUAAAGCUGGCCAGGGAAUGUCCUCAGAGCACCAAACCCUCAAAUGGCUCCCUUUCCAUCGGCCGCACUCGGCAGAAACAGCCGUCGCCCCCGCUGAGCCUCAGCAGCACCAAACAAAAGAAGGUCAGCCGCAGACGCGCCACCAAUGGCUGGCGGCCUGUCGGCGUACCAUCAGAGAGGGAGGUCUUUAUUGCGGGAGAGGAUGAGACGGCCCUGCGGCAGUGUUAUGAAGGAGUGGAGAGGGAUGGUGAAGUGAUUCGUGUCAGAGACACUGUGCUGCUGCGAUCGGGCCCCAGGAAGAAAUCCCUCCCAUAUGUUGCCAAGAUAUCAGCGCUGUGGGAGGACCCCAAAACAGGAGAGCUGAUGAUGAGUCUUUUCUGGUACUACCGACCCGAGCACACACAGGGAGGCCGAGAUCCCAGCGCACACUGUGAGAAUGAGAUUUUCGCCUCUCGGCAUCAGGAUGAAAAUAGUGUGGCCUGCAUAGAAGACAGAUGCUACGUUCUCCCACUAGCCCAGUACUGUAGAUAUUGUGCCUUGGUGAAGCGCCGUGCUGAAGGCGCCCCACCCGGCAGCACCAGUGUGGUGCCCUGCCGGCCCGACUUCGCCCCUCCCUCCCACCGCUGUGUGCCCACUGACGUUGACCCCGAGCUGGUGUAUCUCUGCCGGCACGUCUACGACUUCCGCUAUGGACGCAUCCUGAAGAACCCGCAGUAGAGGAGGGCAGAAGCGGGGACGUAUCCUUGAAUUAAUCGUCAUGUAACUCCACAUCGGGGUGUUGCUGAAGGACUGAAAGCCCCAGUCUUCAGAGGGGAGGGGGAUGGAAGCGGUUUCUGAGGGUUUUCAAUGAAGCAAAAUGUGUUUGUGACAUAUAAUGAAGCACAGAUCCCUUUAGUUGAGUACAGAGGGCGCUACAACAUGGGGCAAAGCAACAACUUUUCCUGGUUUGGAGGAGUGAGGAAGACAGAAUUCAUUCAUCAUCUUCCUCAACAACGCUCCACUUUUCUCCUCUUUGCCUGCCAGGAACGCCGAACACCAGACUGAACCGGGCGACUGUCAGGACUACAUUUCCCCUGAAGCAUCUCAGCACAACAAUCAUGUUUGUUCCAUUUGUAAGCUGAGGCUCAGGAAGGGUCGGACGCUGAGGUGCUUCGGGGGGAACACAGGCCUGCACUGUCAGCUCCAUGUUAACGCUGCUCAAGCCAAAGGAGCAGCUAAUGGAGAGCGGCGUCUGAUUUCUCCUGGUUUGUCUCACUCCUGUGUGCGUGUUUGUGUGUGAGUGAGUGUUGUCAGUGUGGAUAAAAGGAUAAAUGCGGGGAUGUGUGAUGGUUUUUUAGGAGGCUUUCAGGCAAUCAAACCAAACAAGCAGCUUUAGAGGAAGCGGAGCUCUCGUCUCUGUGUGCCACAGCGUGCUGACAGAAACAUUUUCAUCUCACGUGAUGCUAAAACACUGAACUUGAAGGGGGUUUUGAUCUUUGCUUAACUCAACUCUAGAGCAGAGCAGGGAAUUCAUCAGUGAAAUGUACUCCUGGGGAUAUCCAAAUUGAAACAUUAACAAUAGAUCCUUUUCCCACUUGGGAUUUUAAAGGGAUGCAACGGCCCUGUGAAGAUGUUGCAAAACAAUAGCCAUCGCUCAGUUUUAUUUGCAAAUUUCCUUUUUUCUUUCACUUAUUCCCUUUGACUUGCCUUAUGAUUGCAGGUAGAGCUUUAGGCAGCUAAUGUAAUCACAUAGAGCAGAAAAAGAACAGAACAGGUGUACUGUAGUUCUAACAAAAAGUUUUGUGUUGCUAAUCAACUGACGUAAAGCUCUGACAUUAUCACUAGAACACACAAGUUUGGGGCUGCAACCAAUGAUUAUCUUAAUUUCUCUCUACAAAAUGUCAAAAAUUAUUAAAAUUAUUUACACAGUCCAAGCUUACCUUUAAUUCUUUUACAAAAGUAGCUAAAUUUUAAUUUUGAAAACAAAAAAACAGGAGAUUUUUGGAAUCUUACCUGUGCAAAAAUGAUCAUCCAUUGUGCAAAUCAAUUUCCUGGGUUUUGAGAAACAGUUGAGAAAUUACUUUAACAUUUGUUGCUUAAGAUGCACUUGAAAAUCUGUUGUAUUUGAACAUUUUUUGCCAGUCACUGUGUAGUGCAAACCUGUGCUUCAAUGUGCAGAACAUUCAAAUAUAGAAAGCAAUGUAGACCACUUUUUAACAGCUUUUCUCCUGCAUUAGAUCAUAAUCCUACAUUCAAAGUAAAUGAUGGUAUAAUUUGGGGUAAAUACAGCUUGUGCAGUGCUAGUUUGAUUGAAAAGGCUCACAAAUUAAGAACAAGUGACCAGUGUAUGAGCUGCAUAACUCUGAUCCUCAUAUUCCACAGACUCUGUCUGCAUAGCCAUCAGCAUGCAAAGCGCACUCCAAAGGACAUGGCCUUCUUUCUAGUCAGUAUUUGCAGUUCCACAGCACACACUCUGGUCCAUCUCCAACAUGUGCCAGAAGCACUGCUUAACUCUGCUCCACAAGAGACACUCGCCAGAUCUAUUCUCAGUAAAGGCUGUUGCUAAAAACUUGUCAAUCUGCUAGAGAAGAGCAGCUCAAAAAAGAACUAGAACACAAUUUCAUAGCGCAACACACUGAAUGCACCACUGGAAGUAAAUUUCAUCACUAUAUCAAUAUUUGGUUGCACAUGCCAUAAUUCAGUCAAAGGUUCAAAGAAGUAAGAAAACAUUAUGGACUAGAAACGUUUAUUUUCAACCCACAUACUCAGCUCGCACAAAUGCAUGUUCAUCACAAAUGUGGCACCAUUUAAAGGGAAAUGAACAGGCUUUCCAAUGGUAUAAGACUUAUCACCAAGAAGCACUGAUACAACAAAGAAAUAAUCUACCGAGCACAGAUUUCCUCGAUUUCUGUGCUACGUUUAUUUGAGAGCUGUCUGUAACACCAUUCAUCCUUUGCUGAAAAGAAAUGUGGGCAUAGAUUAAGAGUAUACCUACUUCUACAGGCAGCACUACACCACUGAGUAAUCACUCAUGGUAGACACAUAAAAAUCAUGGAAUCAUGCGUGCCACUCUCAUGGUGGACUGUUGUGAUUGCGCAAUUGCUGUAUGAACUCAGUUCUUUUGUGAUCUCUUGUCUCCAGCUGCCCAGAGCUGUGCUGAACUCUACCUAGCUUCAGAUACAUAUGCAUAUGGCAAGGGUGCACACCUUUAUUUAGAGAAAAAAACAGAGUGCUGCAGACACAGUGUAUGGAAUGAAACAAAUUGAUCACCUGCUGUGGAUCCAUGCUUUGCAACUAUUGACAUUACCACAGGCUGAGAGCUCAGCUAGCAUGGCUGCAGAGUACACUGGGAAAAAAACAGCUCAAAAGAGCUAUUAAGCUGAAUUCUCUUAAAGUAACAGAAAUUAUUACACAGGAAAACAUUUUAAGAAAUCCCUCUCUAAACCCCCCCUAAAACAGACCACAUCUUAAAUACCAGUGCCACUUAUAGACUUUAGGGUAGUUGCAGUUUCAUUCUUCUGCAGCUUCCAGUUAGUGAUCUGCUUAGCCUCACCUCCUCACUGUACCCCUGAAACAUUGCGAUGUAAAUGUCUUUCCUACAACUUCUGUCUCUACUUAUUCUCAUAUUUUCCCCCUUCCUCCCCCUGCUCCAUCUCUCCCCCUGAAGAUAAACCAAAGGAUGUCACACACGCCUACUCCCUCAGACUUCUCCUCGUCAGCACUUCUUCUCUUGUUCCCUUUAUUAAAUUGCACUAAUCCAUUCCUUAAUUACAACAAACUCUUUUCUUUUUUGUUAAAGCUACUUCUGUCGUACUGGGGGAACAUAGUGUGUGUCUUUUAAGUGUGUGUGUGAGUGUAUGUGUUUGGUAGAGAAGGAUAUGAUAAGGAUGUCAAGGCUGCUUUCGUCAGUGCAAACUGUACAUUUCUAUUCCUUUAGGAGGGGUUGGUUCAUUAUGUGGACUGAUGCACAACCUGUUGAAUAUAUACAGUAUAUAUAUAAUGCAAGAGUCAUUCCAUUUGAUUUCUAAAUCAGCUGACAUAUAAAAAUACGGUAUAUAUAUAUGUAUGUAUCCACACUGUUAAUGUGAUUAGAGCUGAAAAAAGGCCUCUGACGUAGCACCGUGUUAGACGUGUAUUUGAUUGAAGGUGGGUUUCGGGGAUGUUUCGUAUGCUACUGAGUUGUGGUGGAAUUCAAACCAAACUCAUUCAUUGCCUUUUAACCUGCAAAGUGUUGUACUGUCACUUACAAAAACGAGUCGUGUCGGAGUCUGUGUACCUUUUUAAAGCAUAAAGAGUACCCGAUUGCUUUCCUACGCAGCCAAACGCCCCGUUCUUCAAAAUAAGAUCAAAAUGUUUCAACACUCUAAAGCCAUCUUUGACUUUUUCUCUAUUUGGGCCGCCUUUAACCCAAAACAAAAUCAAACCCUGAUAUAUUUGGGUGUUUUUAUUGCUAUCAGCGCCCAGAUUCUUAAAAAGAGGUAAUAUACAUAUAUAUAUUCUCCUACUUUACAACUUCUCCUUAUUAAGAAUAUUUUAUUAUGUCGAUUUCCUAAGAUGGCAUAUGCAAUAUAUUUUUAGACUUACUAUUUUUGGAAAAUGAACCAAGAAAAAGAAUAUGCAUUAUUUUUAUUUGAUUUCAAAUUAGUUUUAAAUCAUCACAGCGAUAAUUGAGAUUUGACCAAAUGGCAGAAAGAGGAAAAUGAAGGGAUUUAAAGCCGUCAAACGACCUGUAAGGUUUGUAGAAGAACAGGCGGUAAGAGAGCGAGAGAGAGUCCCUUUCAGGUGAUUUCUAAUGAAGUGUACAUAUCUGAAGCCAGGAAGCACCGGGCACUCUUUAAACAAGCAGAUAGCCAAUGCACAGUGUAUUAGUAUUUUUGCAAGAUCUGUUAUAAUUAUAUUUAAAGUAAGAAAAAAACAACUAUUUAAAUGGAGUAAACAAUAGGCUAUAUUAAGAUUUCAAUUUAACUUAUUUGGAAAUACUGUGUCUAAUUGAUGAACUAUAUCCUGUUUGUUUGUUCUCCAGGAUAGAAAUGAUUUCUGUUUGUUUGUAAUUUAUACCUUUAGAAAUGAAAUGAUCGAGUGACAGUUGAGGUGUAAAUGUUGUUUAGUUUGCUUUUUUCAGUUGUCAGGGGGUGGAGAGGAGACCAAAGCACACCCUGACAUCUGGGGGGAGCAGAAGUCGCCUCUGAUCACAGACUAAUGUUGAUAUUAAAUCUGACCUGUGUGAGGAGACGACUUCUAGCCCUUGUGUCUAACCUGACUGACCUUAAGUGUAACGUUUGGGAGAAUGCUGCGGCAACUUGGUCACCUGAGCUUUUAUCGAUUCAUCUGAUCAGAGGAGAGAACACCUGAGACAGGACAGGACGUCCUCUGGGCUCCAGGUAGAGGGUCCCCUCAGGCUGAUCCCAGACCAGUAUAACCUCCUCUAAAUUUAGCACAAUAGUACUGAGGGUUUCCAAUGAGUAUCAAGAAUAGGAGACUGUAUGAAAGGGGCUAACAAGGGGGCCUAAUGAGAUCAUUUUCCCCCCUUUUAAAGGGAGCCCUACAUAUUUAAACAUACUGACCUUAUUAGAGUAACAUUAAUGUCUUCAAUAUGUUUGUUGUACAAAGCAACUUACAAGGUUUCUACAUUUUUGAGUAGAUUUAGAAAAUAAAUACACAUGUAUUUUGCCAUUUUGUACAAUGCAUGAUGCCAUCUGGCAGACAACUUUAGGAUUUUACCAGGAUCUACAUCUCAGUAACCGCUUCCUUAUUGUCCUUUAGAGGGGGAAAAUGUACACAACUAUUGUACUUAAGUAAAAGUACAGUUACUCUGGUUAAAAUUUACUUCAGUACAAGUAAAAUUACUGGUCUAUAGUUCUACUCAAGUAAAAAUAAAAAGUAGUUAAUUUAAUUUUUGGUAGGAACAACAUGAGAAUAGAUCUUCAUCCAGGUUGUUCAGGUAACAUCACACCUCUAUAAUAAAGUAAAAUAUACAGCAAAAUUCACAGUGUUUAUUAAAGUAAUAAAGAGUUAAAUUUAACUCUUCAAAGGUGGCUAUGUUUGUCCACAGUAUGUAUAGUGCCGUUAAAAAGUAUUUGCCCCCUUUCUGAUUCCUGAUUUUUUUGCAUAUUUAUCACACUUUAAUGUUCAGGAUCAUCAAACCAGUUUUAAUAUCUCACGAAGGCAUACCAAGUAAAUACAAAAUACAGUUUCUAAAUGAUAAUUUAAUUUAUUAUGGGGAAAAAAAUCCAAACCUAUCUGACCCUAUGUGAAAAAGUAAUGGCCCUCCCUUGUUAAAUCAUGAAUUAACUGUGAUUAACCACAGUUCUUGGAAAGCUGAGCUCAAUUCUCUGGCCACACCCAGGUCUGAUUACUGCCAGAUUUGUUGAGUCAAGAAAUCACUUAAAUAGAACCUGUAGGACAAAGUAAAGUAGUAGUGAAGUAUAGUUAAAUUACACUUUUAAAGUGUUAAUUAUUAGGAAGGAAUGGUGACUCAGUGGAUAGCUUCAGUCAGUGUGCAAAUGUGUCAAACAACAGAAAAAACAAUCCACUAGAAACAUCAGCAAGACCUAAUAAAAGUACAAAACUGUGGCGCUCAAGUAAAAGUACAGUUACUCUGGUUAAGACUUACUUUAGUAAGUAAAAUUACUAAUUUCAAAAUUUACUCCAAAAAGUACAACUACCCCCCAAAAAACCCUCAAUUACAGUAAUUUGAGUAAAUGUAAUUAGUUACAUUCCACCUGUUCUGUCUUCCUCACUAAAACUGCACUGCACAGGUUUAAAAAUAAAAGGUUUAAGGAUGACACUCUAUAGGAAGAUUGCCAUAUGGCUGCAUUGUUUAUCUUAUGGAGUGCCAUUCCUUUAAACCCUUUUAAUAAGUGCAGUUUUAGCAUUUAGGGAGAAGUUACUACAAUCCAGAUUGAAGUGAGAACACUCCAUAAGAUGUGGGAAGAACAAUGCAGCCAGAUGCAAUCACGACCCAGAGUACAUUGCACAAAAAUGACAGCCUACAUGCAAAUCUGUUUUCUAAAUUUACUCUAAGGUUUAGAAACCUUGUGUGUUCCUUCAUAUGACAUAUAAAUUAAAGACGGUAAUAUUAAUUUGAUAAGUCAACACAUCUUGAAAUGCAAGGAUCCUCUUAAGAUAUUGAUGGGGACACCUGUAAACAGACAGUGUUGGGAGGAGGGAGGGGGAUGGACAUGCAUGAAAGGGCCAAGGCCACAAGAAAAACCUGCAACCUGUGUGUCAUGGAUGUAGCCCUUACCUGGCUCUCUAUUUUGGCCAAACCAAUGCCCAUGCAUGGAGAAAAUUUGUGGGAUGAGUUGUUUUUCUUUGCUUUGCUUAAGGGAGGGAAGUGUAUGUAUUUUAUUUUAUAUUAGCAAAGAAUGCUGUUUAAGACUUUAUCUAAUCUGUACAGAGCUCCAAAGGGAGAGAACAUGGGCAGAAAAUAUAUGAUUUAGUCCCCCUUGCCACCACAGUAACUUUCAUACAGUCUCUUUUUAAAGUGAUUAUAACUUUCAUGUUUGCUGAUGGGUUAAAGAAAGUCCGAUGUAUAAAUUAGUGGGUCAUAAUAAAGAUUAGUUGAGCAGCUUCUCAGCUGCCCUCUGUUGCCUUUCUCCCAGAUGUGCAUUGACGAUGUUUGCCCCCUAGAGGGCAGAAAUCCUAUGUGCAGAACAGCCUCAUGGCCACAUCCUUAACAUCUUCCUCUCCUUGUCCUCUGUCCUUGCAUCCUUGUCUUUUAACCACUGAUGCAGGAUUCCCUUAGAAAAGAGAGGAGGAGGAGGGAGAAAAGAAAGAUGAAUAAGGCAGUGCCCAUGGGUCCUCAUAGCUGCUGGCCCGCCCUGCAACAAAAAGCAUGAACUAGAUUGUAUGUUUUAAUUUAUGUGACUUAAUUUCCCAGCAGCCUUGCAUGGACACAGUUGCAUCCUUUUGUUACCAUGACAACGAGGCAGGGCCAGCAGUCUGGAGAGGGUUAGGUUUUGUGUACGUAGGGGUCAAACACAGAGUGACCUUCACUGAUGCCACACAAACUCAUGAAAUUCUGCUUUUUAUGUGGUCUGUAUUGAUGCUUAUUGUUGACAUAUAUAUUUUAUAUAU